CGCCCAAUGCCUGUCCCACCACAAGUGCAAAAGGUCUUGGACGAUGUCGACAAGCAGCUCCACGAGCCGAGCACCGUCACCAACGUGCUGGCGACCGUUGAGCAGAAGACCGGAGUCAAGCGGCUUCAUUUGGUGCUCGGCGUCGUCGGUCUUCAGGCUCUCUACCUCAUUUUCGGACAUUCCGCCCAGCUUGUGUGCAACUUUAUGGGAUUCGUCUACCCGGCUUACAUGAGUAUCAAGGCCAUCGAAUCAAGCAACAAGGAAGACGACACUCAAUGGUUGACCUACUGGGUCAUAUUCGCCAUACUCUCAGUCGUCGAGUUCUUCUCCGUUCAAAUCGUCGCCGUUUUCCCAGUCUAUUGGCUCUUCAAGUCGAUCUUCCUGCUCUACCUCUACCUUCCAAGCUUCCUCGGAGCCGCCAAGCUCUACCAUAGAUUUGUGAAGCCAGUCGCCGCCAGACACUCGGGAUCCAUUGACGCCAAGAUUGGAAAUUUCGCCGAUAGAGUGAACAGUGCCGCCGGAAAGCUCGCCAACGAAGUCCGAGAUCACAUGGAAUGAUUUCUUCUUGAGCUAAAUUUUAUUAUUACUACCACCAAUACUAUCAACUUCCCCCAGAUUGCCCACCAAAAUUCCCUUUUUUGCCUUUUUUUUUAUUUCUUUGUUCGGUUAGGCUUCUCCCCCCUCCCCUCCUUACUCCGAUCUUUGUUCGUUCUCAUUUUGUCCAACGAUCCAUUCUUUUUAGACAUAAUGAAUACUCCACAAUGGU